AUAUUUCACUGCCUUUUUGCUCUGCAGUCUUCGGCAACCCUUUGCAUUACAAUUUGGUGCUUUAAUUGACCUCCAAUGGCCGAACAGACCCGAUCAGAGGAUCUUCGGCCGGACGUUGGAUGUGUAACUUAUAUGAUAGAACAGCGUGUGAUUAACGCUCGAUUAGAACGGUUGGAGUCUUCUCUAGAUGGGAUUACGCGCGCGAUGGACUCCUUGACUCGGAGUGUGGAUCGUUUGCUCCACGCCCAGGCCAUCGAAGUCUCCAGUUCGGUUACCGACGCUCAUAUGCCAGCCAACAUCAACAGUGGAUUAUUGGCGGAGAGGUUGAUAAAAGAACAGGAAGCAAAAGAGCAUGAAAAGAAAGAAGAGGCUCACCUAUACACCAUUAUAAAGGUGGCACGAGAUGAAGAUCUUGCAAAACAGAUUGGAAAAGAUAUAUAUUUUGACCUUGUAGAUCAUGACAGAGUGAAAUGUUUUCGUGUCAAAAAGCAGAUGAUUUUUAACCAUUUCAAGGAAGAGGUUGCGAAAGAGUUUGGCAUACCAGUGCAAUUUAUGCGCUUUUGGCUUUGGGCAAGGCGUGAAAACCAUUCCUACCGUCCUUGUAGGCCAUUGACGCCCUUUGAGGAAAUCAAAUCCGUUUGGCAAUUGAGAAAAGUUUUAAAAGAAGUCCACAUUAAUCUGUUUUUGGAAGUGGAGCUGGGGCUGGAUUUAUGUCCCAUUGCACCACCUAAAUGGACGAAGGAUGAUAUAUUACUUUUCUUCAAGCUAUAUGAUCCCCUAAAAGAGGAACUACGUUAUGUUGGAAGGCUCUUUGUGAAGCUGCUUGGCAAGCCAUCAGAGAUAUUAAUGAAGUUAAAUGAAAUGGCUGGUUAUGGUCGUGAGGAAGAGAUUGUACUUUAUGAGGAAAUUAAGUUCGAACCAUCUGUCAUGUGUGAACCCAUUGACAAGGAACUAUCGUAUGCAGAAAGUCAGCUAGAAGAUGGAGAUAUCAUUUGCUUUCAGAAAGCACUCCGUUUUCCAGAUGUGCCUUCAUACUUAAGAUAUAAGCGCAAUCGUGGGAUCGCCACGUUUGAGAAGCCAGUAAACAUUCAUAAUCAGGAAACCAAUUCCAAUGAGUUGUGAUCCUCCGUGGGAUGAAUUUGGAAGCAAACAAGUGAAAAUGCAUCAGCAUUUGCAGGAUUUUAUUGGAGUUUUGUGGCCAUGAAAUUGUAUUGCUUCCAUGGAGUGACUUUGCUCCCGACUUUCCGUUUCUAUGUGUGCUUACAUACACUUUGGCUUUAUUUCCUUCAUAUGCAUUUAUAAACUUGUAUGCGAACCGUGAGAACAUCUGCUUGUUUCACUUAAAAUAUCUGUUCAUUUGUUUUCAUA